AUGGCAGACUCCAGUGAUACUAAUAUGGAUAGCCCUACCAUCGAUACAAUCGAUAGCAGCACUAUUGAUGGUAGUGCUUUUGGUAGUAGUGCUCCUUCAAGUGUUCAGGGAGAACCACGCGAGCAUUCUCCCCCCCUACUGUUGCUCAUGUCUCCUACAAUAACCCUACUAUCCCGCCAGGUCCAAUUCAACUCAAAAGAAGGGUAUCGUCUAGGCUUCCGUUCUUUGAGAACGGCUUCGUCAAGAGAAUCUCUGGUUUCCCCUGGUCCUAAAUCUGCUUCUCCAAGAUUCCCCUCGGUUGCUAAAAGGCAGUCAAGAAUUGGCGGCCCUAGCUAUAAUGGCGGUGGACUUUCUUCACCUAUUGAAUCUCCAUCAAUAUCCCCGGGCCUCAAGAGCCCUCGAGUGGCUGGAAGUGAUAUUAGAGGAGAUCACACAUCACACACUGCCACCUCUCUUGCCAAGAGGGCAUCAGUCCCUUCCUUGACAAGGAAACCUUCCACUUCAUCAUUGACCCGGAAGGUUUCCGCUUCCCAGCUCCAAACCCAAGCUCCGACGCCCGCCCGGAAGACUUCAACUUCCGGACCCUCUAUAGCCGCACCACCACUCACGCGAAAGCUAUCGAAUUCGUCAAUCGUAGUAAACAAGAGAGCGUCAAACUCCCAUCUCAAUCGUAAAGUCUCAGUAUCCAAUCUCCCCACCCAUGAAACCACAGUGUCUCAAAGCCCCACCCCAAUGCGCCGAAGCAUCUCCUCGGGCCUCCCAUCCCCAAUGACCCCAACCAAGCUGCCCCCACGAACAGCACAAAGUGGGCUUCGCCAGCCAUCCCUCAAAACCCCGCGCCCAGCGCCGACAAACCCGCGGAACAAGACCCCCGAGCCACAGCGCACGGAAACGCCAGAUUCGCCCAUGUCACGCAAGGCAGCUGCAAACAAAGCUUCGCAGUCGCUCCGCGAUACCAUAGCGAAAGCCCGGGCUGCACACCGCGCGCGUGCUGAAUCCAUUGCACAGUCGGUCACGGGCUCAGUUGCAGGGUCGGUCAGCGAUGGUUUGGACGGCUUCAACUUCAGCACCGAUGACCCGUUCAAUCAGGCCAUAUUCGGCGAAGGCAGCUCUCAGAAGGUCAUGAAGCAGCGCAUCAGGACUGCUCGGGUGGAGGGCCGCCUCAAUAUAUCCAAUAUGCAGCUGAAGGAGAUACCUGUGGAGGUUUACAAGAUGUAUGAGACAUCUGCGGCGGACCUGGAGGCCGCGGAUGCGGGCGAUGGGCCAAAGUGGUAUGAGAGCGUGGAUCUGGUCCGCUUUGUCGGCGCGGAUAACGAGAUUGAGGAGAUUGGCCAGGAGUUGUUGGAGCAGUUUGGCGGGCUGACUAGCAUUGAUAUGCACAAUAAUAUGCUGAUCACGCUACCAAAGAAUUUCGGAGAGUUCACGGAGCUAACAGUCCUCAAUCUGACAAAUAACAAGCUCGACCAUGAUGCCCUAGAAACUAUCUUCCAGAUCAAAACGCUGGUAGACUUGAAACUCGCAAAGAACGGGCUUCAAGGGGAGCUACCUUCAUCAAUUUCCAAGCUUGAGAAUCUAGAAAUUCUCGAACUCCAGGAAAACAAACUAGAUUUCCUGCCUUCGUCCCUUGGGGAGCUUUCUAGAUUGCAUGUUCUCAAUAUCCAUGCGAAUCGCUUGCAAGAGAUUCCAUUGCAGGUUCUCACAAACUGUCAGCUGCAAGAGUUGACGGCCUCCAGUAACAAAAUAGGGGGUACUUUAUUUUCCCUGGAUGUCGAGAGCCUUAACACUCUUCAUUUGCUCGAUGUUAGGAACAACCGUAUAUCGAAAUUCAGUGAAGGCACUGUUCUUCUGCCAACCCUACAGCAACUGUACGCCACCAACAACGAACUGACUUUAUUUCCUUCCGUGGAGGGUUGGAAUGAACUUUUGGUUUUCACUGUGGACUCAAACCGCUUGGACGCCCUGCCCGAGGGAUUGCUUGGCCUUCAGAGAUUGAGAACGCUCGACUUUUCGUCAAAUAAUAUCAAGAGUUUGGAUCCCCAUCUCGGCAUGAUGGAGGGGUUGGAAAUCCUCAAGUUCGACGGGAACCCAUUGCGGGAAAGAAACCUGCUAAAUAUGGGGAUUGUGGAUCUGAAGCGAACCCUGAAAGCCCGACUGGCGCCGCCUGAAAUUGUUAUCGCAGAGGCCGAUGACAAUGUCCAAGCCUCAGAUGCAGCACCAGGAUUUGUAGACGCCGAGGGCGCCGAAGAAGAGGAAGAUGAGCACAAAAAGACACUAGAAAUCGGCCGAGGCGGGAUUCUAGAUCUUGCUUCCCAGAACUACGAAGAAAUCCCCACGGAUCUCCUAGAGUCUGUUGUCGGCAGCCCCAGCAGCAUUGUGCUGCUCCACAACAAACUCACCACCAUCCCCGUGAGCAUAGAGACAUUCUGCGCGUCGCUGACAAUCAUUGACAUCAGCCACAACAAGCUCUCUGGCGAUUCCUACCUCCCCAGCAAGCUCUCGCUCCGCUCGCUCACAACAUUCACGCUGCAAUCGAACGGGAUCACGUCGCUCAAGCCGCUGCUCGAGAACCUCGAUGCGCCCAAGCUGGAGUCUCUGGACGUGUCGGUCAACCGGAUCGAGUCGAUCGAGGGCAUCCGGCCCACGUUCCCGCACCUGACGGCGUUCUACGCGCGGGAUAACCGCAUUGAGGAGAUACCGGUGGAUUCGGUGGACGGCGUCCGGAUCUUGGACCUGAACAGCAACUCGAUCAAGUAUUUGCCGCCGCAGCUGGGGACUGUGGCGUCGCUGAGGGAGCUGAGGGUUACGGGGAACUUGUUUAGGGUGCCGAGGUGGCAGGUGCUGGAGAAGGGGACGGAGGGGAUCAUGGAGUGGUUGAGGGAUAGGUUACCGGCGGAGGAUGAGGUGGAGUAG